AUGGAUUCUUUCCAAAGCAUUAUCCUUGAAGUUUUGAGGCGGAAGGAGAACAAGGAAAUUCCAUUUGUACCAAUUGGAUUCCAUCAGUUUGCUCCGACAAGGGAGGAACUACUCAUCAAGCGGAUGUUUGAAAGCUGUGCUUUUAAAUCUGGAAUGAGUUGUGUUUUAGGCUUUGCACUUGGAGGUGCAUUUGGUUUGUUUACAGCUGGAAUUGAUCCAAUGUCAACAAUGACAACAGAAACUCCUACAACAAAAAUGGUUUUAAAAGAAAUGAAAGUGCGGACUCUUUCCUAUGGGAAAAACUUUGCCUUAGUUGGUGCUAUGUUUGCUGGAACUGAAUGCACAUUAGAAAGUAUCCGGGGCAAAACAGAAUUGUUGAAUGGAACUUUAUCUGGAGCAAUUGUUGGCGGUGUACUUGGCCUUCGAGCUGGACUCCAGGCAGGUGUGUUUGGUGCUGUGGGAUUUGCUCUCUUUUCAACAGCAAUUGACUAUUAUUUGCGACAUUAG